GGUAACGAGGUGCAGCUGAGCUCCGGUGAGGUGGGUUAGACGUCAAGAGCAGGACAGGAGACACCGCGGACAGCAUCAAUGGCCUCGGUGCCCACCGACUGAACGAUGGGCUCCACGGCAUCACAGCCAUGGCCAGAUCCACCAACAGAACCGCCGAGGACGGGGAGUCACGGGUAACCGCCCCCACGGACCGCGGAGAGUCGCGGGACUUGGCCGAGCCCCGGGAACUGUCUCUGGAGGAGGUGCUGAAGUCCUACGAGCAGCCCAUCAACGAGGAGCAGGCAUGGGCGGUGUGCUACCAGUGCUGCAGCGGGCUGAGGGUGCCCCGCCCGCCGCCACCGGCUGGGAGAGUUGUCAGCCGGGUGAAGGACCCGGCCUCCAUCCUGCUGCACCGGGACGGAACCGUGUCCUUACAGGAGCAGGAGCGCCGACACAACGAUGACGCAGAUGAACCUCCUCUUCCUCCGGCUACCGAGCGUCAGCUGGUCCAGUCACUCGGCGUGGCCAUCUACCGAGCUCUGGACUGGGGCCUGGACGACAGCGAGGAGCGCGAGCUCAGCCCACAGCUGGAGCGCCUCAUCGAACGCAUGGCGGGAGGCGACCAGGGCGGCGUGGGCGACUGCUCCACCGGGAACGGCACAACAGACGAGGGCUACAGCGGCCAGGAAGAGGAGGAGGAGGAGGAGGAGCAGGACGGAGUGGUAAAGCCCGUGUGCACGUUCCGUCAGGUGAUGGCGCUGUGCGCGUCUCGGCUGUCCAACACGGGCCUGGCUCCGGAGCACUACCAGGCCGUCUGCAGGGCUCUGUUUGUGGAGACUCUGGAGCUGCAGACGUUCCUCAUCAAGAUCCGAGAUGCUAAAGAGAUGCUGAAGAAGAUCACCACAGAAGAAGCCGCGGAGGACCGAUCUACAGCUGAGCUGGACGCUCUGAAACACAGAGACUGGGCACGUCUGUGGGUGCAGCUGAUGAAGGAGCUGAGGCAGGGAGUGAAGCUGAAGAAGGUGCAGGAGCAGCCGUUCAACCCGCUGCCCACCGAGUUCAGCCUCACGCCCUUCGAGAUGCUGAUGCAGGACAUACGAGCUCGCAAGUUCCAGCUCCGCAAAGUCAUGGUGGGCGGAGAUAUUCCCACCAGAGUGAAGAGGAACGCCCAUGAACUGAUCCUGGAUUUCAUCAGAUCGAGACCUCCACUUAAACCAGUGUCCGAGCGCAGCCUCCCUCCUCCUCCACCACAGCAGCAGUCCCUCCAUGACCGCGUCCUGGCUGAGAUCAAGCAGGAGAGGAAGCUCCGUCCCGUUGACCCGCCCGACACCAGACCGUUCGGCUCUCUGCCCUGCCUCGCUCAGACUUGUCCUUGUAACGUCAAAUCCACUUCAUGCAUUGAUCUGUCGGUGUCGGAGCUCGGGCCUCGGCCGUCGUCACGCCCUCGAAUCCUGCUCAAGGCUCCGACUCUGGCCGAGAUGGAGGAGAUGAACAUAUUCGAGGAGGAGGACUCCCCAGACAACAGCGAUCUGAGGAGGGCAGAGAGUUCCCCCACGCCCCUGAAAAGAGACCGCUCCUUCUCAGAGCACGACCUGGCGUUUCUCCGCGGCGAGAUGCUUCCCUCGCUCUCCGAGUCGGCCCAGCUCGGCGGCGGCGGCGUCAGGCUGAGGGGCGAGAGGCCUCGGGCCAGGACGCUGACCGGCAGCAGACCGCCUCCUAAUCACAGAGCUUCCUUACCAGUUCACGGCUGGGUGCCGCCCUCCCCGGCCCGCCUUUCUCUGAGUUCGGUCGACGAGACCACGGAGGUAUUCGAAACGCCGUCUGGCUCCAGAGCCGGAGACGAGCACCAGUGGAUGGAGGAGUUCAGUCACCCCGUGGAGAGUCUCGCCUUGACGGUGGACGAGGUGAUCAACGUGCGGCGAGUUCUGGUCAAAGCAGAGAUGGAGAAGUUUCUCCAGAGCAAAGAGCUCUACAACAACCUGAAGAAAGGAAAGGUGUGUUGCUGCUGCAGAGUGAAGUUCCCGCUCUUUUCAUGGCCGUCUACCUGCUUGCUGUGUAAAAGAUCCGUCUGUAACUCCUGCAGCGCAAAGAUGAAGAUUCCCUCGAAGAAGAUGGCUCAUAUUCCUGUGUACACUGUCGGCUUCCACAGCACUCCAAAGAGCCACGGACACAAAAGCAACGUCUAUAAAUCUCUGCGCAGUUUGACCCGUCGCUCGGUGGAGGAGGAGUUCCCCCACCUGUACGCUCACGGCUGCACGCUGCGUGACAUCUGCGCCGAAUGCACCAAAUUCAUCGCCGACGUCAUUUCCUCCAGCCGCCGGAGCCUCGACAUCCUCAACAACACUCCCAAGAGGGAGGCCAAAGCUGCUGCUGCCGCCGCCACCGCUGCUGCUCAGAGACCGCAACUGCAACGUCAGUCCCACCUCGAGACUCAAACCGACCCUCAGGGUCACCCUCCACCUCACCCACAGUCACAGCGUCACCCCCAGCUGCCUCCACAGCCCCACGUUCAACAGCAGCGACUUCAGGCGCCGUUAUCGUCUCGUUCGCCGCAGCUUCAUGCCAAGACUAUCGCCAAUGUGAACCAAUGAGAGGAGUGACUGCCUCCACACACCUUCAUGAAAAAGGUUUAAGGGUUGCUCUGGAGUAUUGAAUGCGUUAUUUAACGGUUAUGCUACGAUAUAUAAAGCUACAAAGAUUUUCUGGAGCUGUUUAGAACCCUUUUAGUAUGAAUCUAGUGACUCUAAACCACCUCCACCUCCACCUCCACCCAUCUUCAGCUUCAGCUCCCCAACGCACACACACAAGCACACAGUGCUGUUGUAGUUCAUAGGAAGAUGUCCGCCUUAUCUACAGCACCAUGACUUCACUCCACAGCUGCUGGACGACGAGCGUACGGGCGGAGAGAAGACGGGGAAAGUCCACACUCUGAGAGAGAGUGUGUGGGUGGAGGUGGAGGUGGGUGGUGGUUGUUGUUGUUUGAGGAGGAUAAAGCUAUGCAGCGUAGAGUCGACAUGUAACCAUUUAGCACUGUAGCUCUCUGUGGUUGCCUUGUUUUUGUUCUGAAUGUAGACGCACAGAAAGAGAAAAGCUUGUACACAGCGUUUAUUUUUAUUUUUAAUCAUCAAAAAAGAAAAAAGGAAAAAAAAAAAGGGAUUUGCGUGUAACGAGGCCUCUUUUUGCAUCAUUUCGAGCUUGUGACGUUCCAUCCCGGAUGAGGAACGAUAAGCGGCGACACUGUGAAUGUAAACAGGGUGAAGCUGCAAGACUGCACCUUUUAAACCGACGCAGCAUGACGACGACGACGUGAAAACGAUGAGCAGAUGAAAACUCCUCCGCCUCGCUCACUCACUCCACCCUCGGACGCUUGCGAUCUGCUCUGGUUUUGUAAAACACACUAAGUAAACCUCAACUGCAAUAAAAAAAAUCUAAUGAUAAACACGA